AUGGCAUCCAACAUCAUAUCACCACAAAACCAAGAAGCUUCCGCUUCCCACAACGUGGCCGUUAUCUUCGGAGUAACGGGAAUGGUCGGAAGGGAGAUAGCCAAGAAGCUGAUCUCCAACCCCGACUGGAAAGUCUACGGCGUCGCCCGAAGACCCGACCGGGUCCCGCUCCGGUUCAGUAGCACUGCCGCCGAUGACUACCAAUUCAUACCCUGCGACCUUCUAAACCCGGUCGAAACCCGAGCCAAGCUCUCCGCAAUCCCCAACGCGACCCACUUGUUUUGGGUAACCUGGGCCAGCCAGCACCCUCAGCGCACAAAACAAUGCUGCGACCAGAACCGAGCCAUGCUCUCCAACGCUCUCGAACCCAUCCUCCUCCGUUCCAACUCGCUCAAGCACGUCUCGCUCCAGACCGGGCUCAAGCAUUACCGUACGGCGAAAGGCGGCGAUCUUCGCCGGUUGGUGGUCGGGAAUUCGAGUAAGUCUAUCUACAACGUGAUUGGUGGGUUGGCCGUGUACGGGACAAUUUGCCGGAGGCUGGACCUGCCGUUUGUGUUCGGAGGGACGAGGGAGUGCUGGGAGGAGGAGUACAUUGACGGGUCGGAUGCCCGGUUGGCUGCGGAUCAGCACAUCUGGGCGGCGACGGAUGAGAGGGUGCGCUCGACGACGGGCGGGCAGGCUUUGAACUCGGUCAACGGGUCGGGUUUCGCGUGGAGGGAGGUUUGGUUGGUUAUAGGGGAGAAGAUGGGGGUGGCGGUGCCGGAGGAAGCUCUGGCGCCGGAGGAGUUUAGGUAUGCGGCGGCGAUGGGCGGGAUGGAGGGGGUUUGGGAUGGGAUUGUGGCGGAGGAAGGGCUGGUGGCGACGGAGAUUGGGGAGCUGGCGAGCUGGGAGUUUUUGGAUCAUUUGUUCCGGAUGCCGGUCAAGCUGCUAGGGAGCCGGGAGAAGUCCGACCGGCUGGGUUUCACGGCGAGGCGAGAAAUGGCGGAGUCGGUGUCGUUUUGGAUCGACACCAUGAGGGAAGACAAGCUCAUUCCGUGA